GUAUAUAACAGAUGCGGGUGAAGGAGCCAUCCGGAGCUUUACCUGAGAAAGCCAAAAGAAGUAAAAGGCCUCCUGUACCUCAUGAUGAAGACUCUUCAGAUGACAUUGCUGUAGGUUUCACUUGCCAGCAUGUAAGUCAUGCUAUCAGUGUGAAUCAUGUGAAAAGAGCAAUAGCUGAGAACCUGUGGUCAGUUUGCUCGGAAUGUUUAAAAGACAGAAGAUUCUCUGAUGGACAGCCAGUUCUUCCUUCUGAUGUUUGGUUGUGCCUCAAGUGUGGUUUUCAGGGAUGUGGUAAAAACUCAGAGAGCCAGCAUUCACUGAAGCACUUCAAGAGUUGGAGAGCAGAGCUUCACUGUAUUAUAAUUAGUCUGAGCACAUGGAUUAUAUGGUGUUAUGAGUGUGAUGAAAAAUUAUCAACACAUUGUAAUAAGAAGGUUUUGGCUCAGAUAGUUGAUUUUCUCCAGAAACAUGUUUCUAAAACACAAACAAAUGCAUUUUCUAGAAUCAUAAAACUUUAUGAAGAAAAAUGUGAAACAGGUGAAAAAAAUAAGGGAAGAAAAGGCAGCAGUGUAACAUCUGUGAAAGGAAUUACGAAUUUAGGAAAUACUUGCUUUUUUAAUGCAGUCAUGCAGAAUUUGGCACAGUCUUACAUUCUUACUGAACUGAUGAAUGAGGUCAAAGAACAUGGUACAAAACUCAGGAUUGUUCCUUCCUCAGACUCCCAACUGGACCCAUUAGUGGUGGAACUUUCAGGCCCUGGACCGUUGACCUCAGCCUUGUUCCUGUUUCUUUCCAGCAUGAAGGAGACUGAAAAAGGACCACUUUCUCCUAAAGUUCUUUUUAAUCAGCUUUGUCAGAAGGCCCCUGGAUUUAAAAGUUUUCAGCAACAAGACAGUCAGGAGCUUCUUCAUUAUCUGCUGGAUGCAGUGAGGACAGAAGAAACAAAGCGAAUACAAGCUGGCAUUCUAAAAGCAUUUAACAACCCAACUACUAAAACUGCUGAUGAUGAAACUAGAAAAAAAGUCAAAGCAUAUGGAAGAGAAGGUGUGAAAAUGAACUUCAUAGAUCGUAUCUUUAUUGGUGAAUUAACUAGCACGGUCAUGUGUGAAGAAUGUGCAAAUAUCUCCAUGGUGAAAGAUCCUUUUAUUGAUAUUUCACUUCCUAUAAUAGAAGAAAGGGUUUCAAAGCCUGUACUUUUGGGAAGAAUGAGUAAAUAUAGAAGCUUACAGGAGACAGAUAGUGGUCAGUACAGUGGCACUGUCACUGUAGAGAAUACUCAUCAACCCCAAGCCACCAAGAAGCAUUCUUCAUCUAAAGAUAAGAAUCAACUAAUUCAUGGCAGAAAAUGUACAAGAGAAUUGCCAUCUGGAGAAGAUAAAGCUGUUGUCAUACACCAGGAAAAUGAAAACCUUGAACUGAAUGGAGAUUCUCCAUUGUUUGCAAGCAUCAUGAACACUGAGUCAGCUCUGACUGACAGUCCUACCGAUGGCAGUGAAAAAGAAGCCAGCCUUUCUGAAAGUAGUGUUGAUGCUGACAGCGAGCCCUCAGAAUCUGAAAGUGCCUCUAAGCAGGCUUUGUUGUUGAGAUCCAGCAGUGGCUACUGUGUGCACACAAAUGGGCACCUUCGUCGUCCAUCAGAGAGUGAACCACUCACCAAGGAGAGUGACAGUGAUGAUGACAGAGUGGCCGAAGCUAUUUCUGAACUUCAUUUGAGAAGCACUGUGACUGGAGAUAGGGAUUUUGACAGAGAAAAUCAACCACUAAAUGUUUUAAAUAAUUUAUGUUUUACAGAGGACAAGCAUGUGGUGUCUCACAGCCCCCAAAAUGCUUUUCAGACCCUUUCUCAGAGCUACAUAACUUCUUCUAAAGAAUGUUCAGUUCAGUCCUGUCUCUAUCAGUUCACGUCUAUGGAAUUACUAAUGGGAAAUAACAAGCUUCUGUGUGGAAACUGUACUGAAAAGAAGCAGAAGUACCAAAAGGAAACCAGUCCUGCAGAAAAGAAAGCAGAAGGGGUGUAUACUAAUGCCAGGAAGCAAUUGCUCAUUUCUGCUGUUCCAGCUAUCCUAAUUCUCCAUCUUAAAAGAUUUCAUCAGUCUGGCUUGAAUCUUCGCAAAGUAAACAGACAUGUAGAUUUUCCAUCUAUGCUUGAUUUAGCACCAUUCUGUUCUGCUGCUUGUAAGGGUGUAAGUGUGGGAGAUAAAGUUGUCUAUGGUCUCUAUGGAGUAGUGGAACACAGUGGCUCGAUGAGAGGAGGUCACUACACCGCAUACGUAAAAGUGAGAACACCCUCCAGGAAAUUAUUGGAACAUAUCACCGGAGAGAAAAACACUGUAGCUGGUUUCAAAGAACACGAUAGUGAAUCACCGGGCCAGUGGGUCCAUGUUAGUGACACUUAUGUGCAAGUGGUUCCGGAAUCAAGAGCACUUAGUGCCCAAGCGUACCUUCUAUUUUAUGAAAGAAUAUUAUAAUUAUUUCUUAAUUAUUAAUGGUAAUGACUAUUUAGAUCACUUAUUUAAAUGCUGCUACAAUAACCAUAAUAGCGCAAUGUGCCUUUGUAGUCUUUUCUCUUCUGUAGGAAUAGCAUGUCCUUCAAAUGCUCCUGAACAUUUUUACCAUUUUGGUGAAUCCUUUUAAAGUAAAUUAAAUUUACUAAAUGCUUUCAAAAUUAUAUUCUUAAAAUAAAAGUAAACACAUGUUUAAAAAAAAUUUGUCUUGGAAAAAACUCAGAAUUUAUAGUAGUAGAGGAAACCCCUUUAUGAUGUGGCUUAUUACAAGCAUUCAGAAAUGAUGCUGGCUAAAUCAAAUCAUUCCUUAAAACAGUUUUUUCCAAAUGUGAGUCACAUCCCACCUUUCUGUUCUCGUGUGUGUGUGUGUGUGUGUGUGUGUGUGUGUGUGUGUGUGUAUAUGCCAUUUUUCCUAUGCCAUUUUUACGUAUUAUUUUUAACCUUUUUAAACUAUAGUCUUGUUUUGAGCAUAUUCCACAUUUUAUGUGCUAGUUAUAUUUUUUUAAUAAACAAAAUAAAUAUGUAACUAUUAAAGAAAAAUUGUUCAUUCAUGUAGCACUCCACUUAGAAUCAUCUCAGGGCUAUCCAGUGGUAUAUGUACACUGCUGCUGUGUGGGUAUAUGUACAUUGCUGUAAGAUAUACUUAAUACAAUUGCCACUGUGACCUUGUCAUAUUUUGUAUGAUUCAACCAUAUAGAAAGCUUCAGUAAUAUGGAUUUACAAAUAAUACAUUGAUUAGCUUAUUGCUUUGAGGUUUUGAGAACUAGAAAAAUGUUGAAAUAUUUUAUCAACAUAUUUGCAGUCUAUUCAUGACAGAGUUGAGGACAGUUUGCAAGUGAUUAGCCAAGGUCAAAAUAUAUCUAUAGAUAAUUGUAACAUGCAGAAUUGAUAAACAGAUGUUGUUAAUCUGUAUGGGACCAUAGGAUACCUUUGAAAUGCAAAUUACCGAAUCAUAGUUGUAAAUGAUAGAGAAUCAUAUUCUUAUUAUACUUAACAGGAAAAUAUAAUACACUUUUUAGUUCUCUAGGUCAGUAAAUAUUAAUCAUGGUUUUGGGGUUUUGAAAUCACCUUUUGUCUUCAGCAGGCAUCAUUAAUAAGUUCAAGUCGGUUUAGCUUUUAUUUUAAUGGGGGAUAAAGAUGGCAUUUCUGAUAUUCUUUUAAAGUUAUUAAUAGCAAAAAUAUGGUAGUUUUCCCCACCUAGAAUAUAAAUUAUUAAGCAGUCAAAACUUGGCAUGAAAAUGUUAUUGUUACUUAGGCUUAAAUUUUUAAACAAUGACUACUCUGGUGUUAACAUUAUUAAAUCAAAACACGUAACUGCAUGUUCAAGCAUCCUAGUCGUUAGUGCUAACAAGUGAUAGUCCAGGCAGAUGCCGAAUAAGUGCCUGGACCUAGUUCAUGCUCCUCUUACUAAGGAAGGAUAAAAAGAGUGGCUGUAGAUAAUGUGUAGAAAUAUUUAACUACACUCUGACCCUUCUUAAUACUUUAGUAUGUAUAAUAUUAUCAAAGUUACCAGUGCUGCCUUUUGAUAUAUGGAUGACUGGAAUCGUGAUUAAUGUUAUGGAUGAUAAUAUUAUAUACAGAAUUCACACUUAAAAAUGUCAUUGCACAAAUUCUGUUUUUAAGCUGUUGAAAUUUCAAUAGUAGUGUUUUUCUUGAUUUUUAACAGUGAAAUGAUGGAGAAAUAAUAUCUUUAUAAGUUAAUCUACAAACAGGUUGUGUCCUAUAAAUGGUAAACAAUGUUUAAAGUGUUUUGUGUUUAAUUGUAAUCCAUUAACAUUGAAGAUUUCUGUGUCAGAGCAGUGAAAUUUGGGGGGAAAAUAUUAGUUAAAUCUCUUUAUUCAAGUCAGCCACCUUGAUAAUGACAAUUAUCAUCCCCUCCCCCAAAUGUAAAUAUUAAAUUGCUCAUUUUUCUCCUAGAAGAGAUAUCAUUAAGAGGCAUGCACUUUUCAUGGGAUGGUCACCUGCAUUUUCUUUCACUGAUAGAUGGACAGAUGAAAGAAGGAGGGAAGGGAAGAAAGAAAAAAGAAGGGAAAAAAGCAAGAACAUUCUUUUCUGUUGCUCUUGGCAUAUCCCUUACACAGGUCAGAGAUGGUGAGUGACAGGUGAGGGCAAGAAUCAAGGAAAUGCCUGGUUCUUGUUUUCCUGGAUAGGAUGCCAGGAAAUGAACUAAUGCUAUGUUUAUCAAAUAGGAGAUCUUUAAAGCUUUAUUCUGAAUACCCAUUAAGACUGAUUUUUCAUAAAAAAAAAAA